GCGAAGCCAAUGCUUUUCCAUCCCACUGAGGAGGGAGUAAUCGGCGAAGGCCGUGGUGGGGGGCACAGGGGGAUGAUCCGGGAAGGAUUCUUCACUACUGGGAGAUAGGGCUAAUAGUGGAGGUCUUUGCUCUCUGAGCGCUUUUCUAGUUGCAAAAAGGCAUCCAUCACAGUACCAUGCCUGAAGUCACUGAGCUCUUCAGACCCAUUUUGUGUCACAAAAGAAGACUGCAUGGCUAGGUUCUUGAUUUUGUAUCAAUGGGUCUGACUGAAACACCUAAAUUUAAUAAUUAACAGUGUGACCAAAUACUUUUGUCCAUAAAGUAUAUUUGUGGUAGCCUUUUAAUAGAACAGAAUAAUACAGUUAAACUUAAAUAAAACUGUUUGUGUAAAAAUAUCAAUUAAAGAAUCAGAAAAAUGAAAAGAAAGUCAUGAGUGCAUCAGUAAAAGGUUUUGCUGUCCAAAUAAAGUAUAGCAUGUGAUUCUGGAGCUAAUUAAAGGAGUGCUCAGCUAACAUCUCUUUUCUGUGACCCCCCUUAGUCUGUUAGCCAAACAAAGGAUAAGGUCACCUUCUGUAAUUAGGAAAAGCUAAAUAGUUUUAGGGGUUUUAACUCUUUUGAGUAAAAUAAUGUAAUCCCCUUAAGUAGGAUUACCACACUGCUGUCAAUCUUUGUUUGCUGUUAAGUGGUUAUAGCACAAAUUUGUUAUUAAGUGCUUUUUCAAGCGUGUACUACUUAACAUGUGAAGGACAUUUGAAAAAAGAAACUUGAUUAUUUCUAAUCUCUUUUAAUUCAUUAAUAAAUUAUUAGACUGACUUUAUUAGGCAUUUAAAGUUUCUUAAUUCAAAAUGUGCCAGAAGCAGUAUGAUUUUUUUGUGUGACAAUAAAAUAAAAAAUUCUCCUGCUAAAAUAAAUGUCUUUUUGGUUUGGCAACAAUAUCUUGACGCUUUGAUUAAAUAUUAAGCUGUCGUCUUGCAAUCCAUGUCCUGACCAGAAAUCUUGUAAUUAUGAUUUUGUUGUACCUUAAUCUGUGGGCCUAAUCUUCCUCUUUUUUGUAGACUGACAUGAACAUGACAUCUGGAGGAGUGGAAAGAUGGUUUUAAGAUUUAUGUAAGUAGGUUUAGAGCCAGCACUGACUGCCUGACUGAUGCACUUGAGAUAGGGAGGAGUUACAGGCAGGGAGGCUGUGCGCUGCUGGUGCCCGCAUGUGCGCACAGUUACCCCUAAAUCCAGCUCCAAAUCCAUCGGGACGUCCCCUCUGUGACGUGCUGCGGGGGUGCCGCAUGAGCAGGGGGUCUUUACAGGAGGCAGUACUUUAAAAGCCCCUCGGAGGAUGCUCCUCAGCCACCGAGGAAGACUCUUGUGCUGAUGUGCGUCUUUUGCGCAAGUUUCCAACAGCGUCAGCUCUGAUUUGAAACUUCACCUGAAACAAAGGCAGAGAAGAAAGAGUCAGUUUGAGUACGUUUGGCAGCCUUUUUGGGACUUUUUAUCGACAAAUGUGGCUUCUUGGAUCAACUUCCCAAGUGAUGAUGAUGAUGGAUGAGCGCCUGUCUCCUUCCGCACGCGCCGUCCAGAGCCCGGGGGACAACCCGGCCACCAUCCACAGCAUAGAGGCCAUACUGGGAUUUAAAGAGGACACUCUUUUCCAUAAAUCAGCCUCCUACAGCAUGACGGAGAAAGUCCUGGGCAAAGAUGCCGAGCGUAACGGGAAUGUCAUUGUGACGCCGAUGAAGAAAAGUCACUCCUCAGAAAGUUUUGACAGUGUUUGUUGCUCCAGCAGCGCCGCUGAAGCCUCGGUGUGUCCGGACUCUCCGGACAGAGACGGAAAACUGUCAGACGACGAAAACCCGAAGAAGAAACACCGUCGGAACCGGACCACUUUCACCACCUUCCAGCUGCACGAGCUGGAGAGAGCCUUCGAGAAGUCCCAUUACCCGGAUGUGUACAGCAGGGAGGAGCUGGCCCUGAAGGUCAACCUGCCGGAGGUCCGAGUACAGGUAUGGUUUCAGAACCGGCGUGCAAAGUGGCGUCGUCAGGAGAAGCUGGAGGUGAGCUCCAUCAAGCUCCAGGACACCUCCUCCUCCCUGCUCUCCUUCAGCCGCUCCCCCACCAGCUCCCUUGGCUCCGGUCUGCAGUUGGACCCCUGGCUCACGGCCCCCAUCACCUCCUCCACCUCCCUGCAGUCCCUCCCCGGCUUUAUCACCGGCUCUCAGGGCCUCCCGGGCACUUACACCCCUUCUCCUCCCACCUCCAUGCCCUCCUCCCUGUCGGCCUCGUUCCUCAGCUCCCCCGCUCUGGGACACAGCCCUCACCUGCCCCACAUGGGCUCCAUGUGCCCCCCACCUCCCGCCUAUCCCUGCUCAGCUGACCCCAGGAACUCCAGUAUCGCCUCUCUAAGGAUGAAGGCAAAAGAACAUAUUCACGCUAUCGGGAAGACGUGGUGAUGCUGAAUGGAGCUUAAAACGGAUGGUUAUACCCAGAAUGCAUCCUGCUGCAGCUUUUGAAAAACUGACUUCAUCCUCUUGCUGAUGGGAUUUUAUUUUGGACAUUUUAAAAUCUUUAGCUGACAUCAGGAUUAGAGACGUCAUUUUCACUUACAAGGAAAGCACUGUGAAUCAAGUUUCCCUUAUUUAGCAUUUAUAAGCAAACAUUACAAUUAAAACCAUUCAAUUAAGUUUUAUAGUGGGUGUCUUGAUUCAUUUUCCAAAAUUGAAGUCCUCCUGUGGGUGCCAAUAUUUAAAAGCUGCUGUCUAUGAAUUAUUUCUUUAACCAGAGGCCCCAAUACCAUCAAAUUCUUAACCUUUAUAAACACUUUUAAUGUCCUUAAAGCUUUUUUUAAAUCACAUUACUUGACGAUGUGUCAUACUCCCUGCUUAUAUUUGCUAAAUAAUGAAUUCAAGGACUCAAUUCCUGUAAAAUAUGAGACUACUGAACACUGAUGAUCUGAUAUUUUUCUUCUCCUUCAUCUGAUGUGUUUUUCUGUACAGCUGAACAUUUCUUCAGUCCGCUCUCAUUUCUAUCCAGUGUUAUGUUUCCAGUAUAAAAAUCCCCACAUUAAUUCUGCUUUUGUAAAUGGACCCAUUUUGAUUUCUGAUUCCCCUGCUGUUUCUUGGUUUUCACUGUGGAGGAUUAACAGAUGUGUAUAUUUUCUUGAGAAAAUAAACUUUAUUUGUAA